UACAGCACAUGGGCUCCAACACUUCCGGGCGGUAGCUCACCUUUCAGUUAGGCAUGGGAAAGCAACUGCUGUUCUUUGGGUUCCAAGCCGCGUGAAAGACUUCUUUUGAAGACAAGAAGUUAGAUGGGUUUAUUUUCAAGGCCACAGGUGGUUUUAGUGGGACCACUUCUAGGAAUGAUCACUUGGCUUCCGGAAUUCGUUUCUCCUAACAAGUGAUUGAAGCCUUCGGUCGGGUUUAUCUGACUGAAUGAUUCGGUCUCUGCACAGUAGAAUUGAAACCAGAUUCUGUCCUGCAAAGACACGGAGGUGGGACUGCGCAAUGACCCCGUGUGCAUGGAGAGAGGGCUAGAAAUGUAUUUUGGUUUUGAUGGGUUGAUUAGUGACCGUCCCUGACGCAUUACAUGUGAUAUAAACACCGAGGGGAGAUCAGGAGAGCACACACCGUGCAUUGCACACAGACAGAGAGGAUCAAGUUGAUAAAGUUUGCACAGGAACAGUUUGUUUCCAGCUUGUAGGACCGGCUGUGAGCGAGCAGCCUGGGGGCUCGGUGCUGGGACUUCGGGAGCUCACACAUCUCUCAUGGAUCUGACUGGGAAAGUGGCGCUGGUGACUGGAGCAGCUCAGGGCAUCGGCAGAUCGUUCACCGAGGCGCUGCUCAGACACGGAGCGAAGGUGGCUCUGCUGGAUUUGAACCGGAGCGCUGGUGAAGCCUGCAAGAAGGCAUUGGAUAGGGAUUUUGAUGCUGCUCGCAGUUUAUUUAUCGCAUGCAACGUGGGAGCAGAGGAAGAAUUAAAAUGUGCAUUUAAGAAGACGAUAGAUCUCUUUGGAAGUUUGGAUAUAGUGUGCAACAAUGCCGGAAUAAACAAUGAGAACAACUGGGAACAAACAAUUAAUAUUAAUUUGACCUCCGUGAUAAGAGGGACAUACAUAGCUCUGGAAUACAUGAGCAAGGAGAAUGGGGGUAAAGGAGGAGUUAUUGUGAACACGGCAUCUUUAGCAGGUAUAUUCCCAGCUGCCCACGGACCAGUGUACACGGCCACAAAGCAUGGUGUAGUUGGAUUCACCAGGGCUAUAGCAGCAACCUCAAAGCUUUUGGACUAUGGAGUUCGGAUCAACACAAUUUGUCCAGCCUUUGUGGAUACUCCACUGCUGAACUCUGUGAAUCAUGAGGAAGUGAUGGGGAGAUACUACAUAUUCAAGGAUGCUGUCAAAAAGUUGGUUCAACAGUAUGGGAUAUUGGAGCCAUCAUUAAUUGUUCAGGGGUUAAUGAAAAUCCUUCAGGAGGAGGAGCUGAAUGGCGCAGUCAUGAAGAUAACCAAGUCAAAAGGAAUCCACUUUGAGAUCUAUGAGACAAUGCUGAUGCAGCCAGAAGUGAAAUAGACCUCUCCUUCCAUCUUGUUAACAGAUUGUCUCUCAAAUUCACCUGCCCCUGAAGGACAAGAGCGGAAACUGAACCCUACUAGCUGAAAACGCAUUUUGCACAAACCCUGAGCACCUUUAGAUAAAAGCAGACACCAUCUUGGAUGGUCUUUUUGCUGUGGCCUGCAUUAAAUGUUUUAAUCUUUCUAAA